UAAUAUAGACUAAUCUUUAAUAUGUUCUUUCACAAACAAGAAAAAUCAAUCUAUCUUCUUUCUUGUUUUCGAAUUUAUCAGUUGUGGAUCGGUCGUCUGUGUCGCUAGCUAGUAAAAACUCCACUGUUAAAUAUAUAUAGGUGAGAACAUGGAGGGGUACGAUAACGGGUCGUUGUAUGCUCCAUUUUUGUCGCUAACAUCUGAUUCGAAACCGGAUCAUAAGUUGCAUCAAGGCGAAGAAGAAGAAGAAGACGGGCCAAAGUCUAGAAGAUCAUCAGAAGGUUGUUCGAGGAGCAAUCUCGAGUCGAAAAAGAAGGGGAAGAAACAAAGGUAUGCGUUUCAGACGAGGAGCCAAGUGGAUAUUCUUGAUGAUGGUUAUCGUUGGAGGAAGUAUGGACAAAAGGCCGUCAAGAACAACAAGUUCCCUAGGAGUUACUAUAGGUGCACAUAUGGAGGAUGCAACGUGAAGAAGCAAGUGCAGAGAUUAACAGCGGACCAAGAAGUGGUCGUGACAACCUACGAAGGUGUUCAUUCGCAUCCCAUAGAGAAAUCCACCGAAAACUUCGAGCAUAUUCUCACUCAAAUGCAAAUCUACUCUUCUUUUUAAUUUAUUUUUAUUCUCUCUCUAAUAUUCUUAUACACUACUUUUGUAGCAUAUUAUAACUCUGAGAGAUCUCAUUGUUGUAAAUUAGUUUUAAAAGAAUAGAAUGUGUUACAUUUUUAACGCGUGUUGAAAAGAAAACAACAAUGAUCAA